AUGAGCGACACAAAACUAGACGAGGUUAGGAUAUCGACUGACAAAGACGCCGAACUUUGCACUUUGAAACGUGUCAUUCUCGAUGGAUGGCCUGACAAACGCACACAUUGUCCUUCGUCUGUAUUGAAAUACUGGACAUUCAGAGACGAACUAACUGUCACGGACCGUAUGAUAGUGAAAGGUGAGAAAAUUCUCAUCCCUCGCGAAAUGAGAUCUUCCAUGUUAGAAAAAAUUCACAUAGGUCAUUUAGGAAUCGGCAAGUGCACCAGCCGAGCACGUGACGUAAUGUUUUGGCCUGGAAUGUCGAGUGACAUAUCCGACAUGGUUCAACAAUGUGACAUUUGCCUGACGCAUAGGAGUUCAAAUAACAAAGAACCAAUGCAACCUCAUCAGAUUCCAGAACAGCCCUGGCAAGUUGUUGCAACUGACAUUUUUACACUGGACGGUGUUGAUUACCUCGUUACCGUUGACUAUUACUCCAGAUUCUUUGAAGUUGACAAAUUAUCGGACACAAAAAGUAUCACCGUAAUACGCAAACUAAAGACACAUUUUGCUAGAUACGGUAUCUGCCAAAAAGUUGUCAGCGACAACGCAGCUCAGUUCACAUCAGAACAAUUCAUUACAUUUGCGAGGGAAUGGGGUUUUGAGCAUACGACUUCUAGUCCCCUUUACCCUCAAUCUAACGGUCUGGCAGAAAAGACGGUACAGACGGCUAAACGACUGUUACGAAAGGCAAAAUCUGACAACAGAGACCCAUACUUAGCCUUUCUAGAGUAUCGAAACUGCCCACUGGAGUGUGGAUACUCUCCCUCUCAACUGCUGAUGUCACGACGAUUGAGAUCUAUUAUCCCGACGGUAAAAUCUCUUCUUAAACCACAGACGGUUAACACAGACAUUGUGCAGGACAAGAUCAAUAAAUCGCGCUCCAGCCAAAAACACUACUACGAUCAGACUGCUAAAUCGCUACCGCCCUUGGCAGACGGACAGACGAUCAGGGUUCAAAUGAAAAAAAGAUGGGUUCCGGCAAAACUUAUUAAAGACAACCAUGACAGAUCGUACACAGUUCAGACUGAGGACGGUGGUAUUUACAGACGAAACAGACGAUUUAUUAUGAGUACUAAAGAGAAAUGCCCCGAACUUUCGGAAAACUUUCCAAAUUUGCUGCAUCAGACAUAUUGCGGCAAGUCUCAGUCCAAUGAGUCAGCCGAAAUAUCUCCCUUAAUCUCUCCACAAAAUAUGUCUGCGUCCCACGAAAAUCAGCCAUACGUAACUAGAUACGGGCGCUCUGUGAAACCAACUUCCCGCUUAGUAGAACACGCUUGA